AUGGAGGGAUUGCAGGAUGGAGGGAUUGCAGGAUUGCUGCAGGAUGGAGGGAUUGCAGGAUGGAGGAAUUGCAGGAUGGAGCGAUUGCAGGAUGGCGUGAUUGCAGGAUUGAAUGAUUGCAAGAUGGAGAUCCUGGACCUGGCUCGCCAGAGAAGCAAGAGGGUGAAAGUAUUGGGCGGUGGACACUCCCCCUCGGACAUUGCCUGCACCGAUGACUUUAUGAUCCGGCUGGAUAAAAUGAACAAGGUUAUAAAGAUUGAUCAGGACAAGAAGCAGGUGACGGUGGAGGCUGGGAUCCUCCUGACGGAUCUGAACGAGGUGCUGAAUGACAACGGGAUGGCGCUGUCCAAUAUCGGAGCUGUGUCUGAGGUGGCUGCGGCUGGCGUUAUCGGAACGGGAACCCACAACACGGGAAUCAGUCACGGCAUACUGUCUACUCAGGUGGUGUCGCUGAGUAUGAUGACUCAAUCGGGGGAGAUCCUUGAGUGCUCAGAGUCGAUAAAUGCGGACAUCUUCCAAGCGGCCAGGCUGCACCUGGGGUCUCUGGGCGUGAUCCUGACCGUCACCCUGCAGUGCAAGGCCGCCUUUCACCUGAAGGAGGUGCAGUUCUCAUCCACCCUCCAGGAGGUCCUUGACAACCUUGACACCCAUCUAAAUUCUUCUGAAUAUUUCCGCUUCUUCUGGUUCCCACACACGGAGAGCGUCAGCAUCUUCUACCAGGACCCCACAGACAAGCCCCCGUCCUCUAUCGCUAGCUGGUUCCGGGACUGUUUUAUGGGGUACUACGUGCUGGAAUUCCUCCUCUGGAUAAGCUCAUUUGUAUCCAGCUUGGUCCCUGCAAUAAACCGGUUCUUCUUCUGGCUGCUGUUCUCGAGUAGAAGUGAGCGUGUGGACGUCAGCUACAAGGUCUUCAAUUUCGACUGUCUUUUCAAGCAAUACGUCCAGGAUUGGGCCAUCCCCAUAGAGAAGACGAAGCAUGCCCUGACACAGCUGAAGGCCUGGCUGGAGAGGAAUCCGCACGUGGUGGCCCAUUUCCCCGUAGAAGUCCGCUUUGCCCGCGGUGACGACAUUCUGCUGAGUCCCUGUUACCAGAGAAACAGCUGCUACAUGAACAUCAUUAUGUACAGGCCAUAUGGAAAAGACGUGGAACACAAGGAUUACUGGUCGGAGUAUGAGAAGAUUAUGAAACGCGUUGGAGGAAGGCCUCACUGGGCUAAGGCUCACACAUGUACUCGGAAGGAUUUUGAGAAGAUGUACCCAGGAUUUGCCAAAUUCAACAGCAUCAGAGAGAAACUUGACCCGACGGGCAUGUUCCUGAACACGUAUCUGGAGAAAGUCUUCUACUAAGAAGAAAAAAACCCUCGCAGUCAACAAAAUGUCUUCUACUAAAUCUGCACAUUCCGCCACAGAACCGAUCAACAUCUGAUGAGAGAUGAGUGACCCUUCCUGAGGUUUCACUCACAGAACUUUCCAGCCCACAUAUCAAAUAUAGCUGGAAUUUGACAGAAUUUUUCACAGACGUAUGGACUGUCUUCCCUACUGUGCCCAGUGAGAUUCAUUGCAGUACUACCUGCUCCUCUCAUCCUCCAUUAUUACAUGUCCAGUGUCAGGAGGAAGAGGGCAGUGACGGGUCUCUGUGUCACUCUCUGCUUCCUCCUGCUGUCACCGCAGUACUACCUGCUCCUCCCAACCUCCAUUAUUACAUGUCCAGUGUCAGGAGGGUCUUUGUGUCACUCUCUGCUUCCUCCUGCUGCUCUCCCAGCAGUACUACCUGCUCCUCCCACCCUCCAUUAUUACAUGUCCAAUGUCAGGAGGAAGAGCGCAGUGACGGGUCUCUGUGUCACUCUCUGCUUCCUCCUGCUGUCACCGCAGUACUACCUGCUCCUCCCAACCUCCAUUAUUACAUGACCAGUGUCAGGAGGAAGAGCGCAGUGACGGGUCUCUGUGUCACUCUCUGCUUCCUCCUGCUGUCACUGCAGUACUACCUGUUCCUCUCAUCCUCCAUUAUUACAUGACCAGUGUCAGGAGGAAGAGCGCAGUGACUGGUCUCUGUGUCACUCUCUGCUUCCUCCUGCUGUCACCGCAGUACUACCUGCUCCUCCCAACCUCCAUUAUUACAUGUCCAGUGUCAGGAGCAAGAGCGCAGUGACGGAUCUCUGUGUCACUCUCUACUUCCUCCUGUUGUCACCGCAGUACUACCUGCUCCUCUCACCCUCCAUUAUUACAUGUCCAGUGUCAGGAGGAAGAGCGCAGUGACGGGUCUGUGUGUCACUCUCUACUUCCUCCUGCUGUCACCGCAGUACUACCUGCUCCUCCCAACCUCCAUUAUUACAUGUCCAAUGUCAGGAGGAUGUGCGCAGUGACGGGUUUCUGUGUCACUCUCGGCUUCCUCCUGCUGUCACCGCAGUACUACCUGCUCCUCUCAUCCUCCAUUAUUACAUGUCCAAUGUCAGGAGGAAGAGCGCAGUGAUGGGUCUCUGUGUCACUUCCUGUUUCCUCUCCUGCUGUCACCGCACCGACUAAGAGACGCAGUCACUGGAGACAAUACGAUUCUCAUACCUGGAACUGCUGAUAACUCUGCUUUAAUUUAAAGUGAUAUUUUUAUUUCAAAAUAAACAUACCUGGGUUAAGCGUUUUUGUCAGUAGAUUUAUCAGCAAUAUUAUCACAAAUACAAAUACUUUAAAUCAACAUUUAUUGUUAAACAUGUGUUAUGGGCACAUAUUACAUAGGAAAAG